AUGACCAGUCCUGGCCACAUGAACAUCCACCAUCUCUCGACCUGGGACAAUGUCGCUCCUCGCACAUACACCGGUCGGGUGAUUUGCUUUCCCUUUGAUGACCAUGCUCGCAAGAAUCAGUCCGAGAGUGCCCAAACUCUCUUUGACUGUCUGCGGAGCAAUCUCGAUGUCCUGGGUAAAGAGAGGCCUGACUUUGCCGGGAGACUCCAGCUCGGAGUGAACUUGGCACCCAGUUACAUGGAAGGGAACGUCUAUCUCCUCACGUCCUCCAGCUUUCGCAUCAACCUGAGGCCCAAGUACCCCAAGGAGCUUGAGUCCAUGUACGGACAAGUAACUGCCCAGGACGGUGCCGACACAGUAAAGGCAAAGGGGAUCAAGUUCGAUGGAAAGUUUAUCGACUACGACACCUUGAAGCGUUCCGGGUUCCCUGCGAAACCCUUCAUCAAUGAGGACCUGACCACCGACCUGAUGCUCGGCGCAGGAAAGCCCCCCAUUCCGGUUGUGGAGGUCGAGGUUGUCUUUCUCAACGGCGGUUUCUUCUUCAACCUGCUCAUCCACCACUCCUAUUUUGACGGCAAGGCGUACCACAAGUUUCUAGAAUGCUUCGCCGCCUGUACUCGCGGAGAUAAGCUUCCAAACUAUUCGACCAAUCCCAUGAUCAAGCUGCCCUACGAGCAGGACCAGUCUCUCGCCGAAGAAAAAUUCGAGGACAUCCUCCCCUUGUGUCCCGAGUUCCAGACCUGGCCGGACCACGACCUCAAAGGUCCAACGCAGCCCAUCAUGUCCGAAAUUCUCAACAGCGAGAGACCCAAGUCCUUCAAAAACGACAGCAAGAUCUUUCUCUUCAGCUUUUCCAAGCUCAAGACUCUUAGUGUUGAGCUCGCCCAGCUCAUCCCCGGCACCUCCCCGCCAUCCGCUUACGCCACUCUCUGUGCUCUCCUCUGGGCACACACCCUCGUCGCCCGCCAAGUCUUUCUCAACAACUCUUCCGACCCCAGCGAACGUGCCAUCCACACCCACUUCGCCUCCCACCCUCCCUUUUUCUCUACUCCGGUCGACUGGUCCAGCACACGGCUUCUCCAAAAGUAUCCCUCCCUUUCUUCCAUCACCGCCCAGGCCUACUUUGGCAACACCAUCACCUGGGCCAUCACCACUCUCCCCGACACCUCUUUGCUCUACGACAUUGCUUCAGGAAACAAGACCUCCCUCGCUCGUGUCGCUAGCGCAAUCAGCCUUUCCAUCUCCCGCGUCGACCCCUCCUUUCUUUACACGCGCGAAGCUCUGCUCGACAAAGUCCCUGAUAUGCGCCUGCUCGGUCUUCCGUGGGAUAGCCGCAUGCCGGCCGAGUGGGGGAUGAAUAGCUGGGCGGAUUUCGGUGCCGAUAUCGAGUGGUCGUUGCCUGGUGUUGCGAAAACCCCGGGGGUGGAAAAGGGCUGGACGCUGGCGGAUGCGCAGAGACGGGUGCAGAAGGAGGUGGGAGGGUCGGGAGGGCUGAUAUUGCCGGCUAAGAGAGCAAAGCCGGAAAGUUGGGAGUGUCAGGUUAGUUUGCCGGAGGGGGCGAUGAGGGCGUUGGAGGGGGAUGAGGUUUUUAAAGAGUAUUGGGAGGGCGUGGUUGGUGAUGAGGCGGUGUCAGGCUUAUUAUGCGAGUGAUUGGAAUCUUUGUCGGUUUUUGAGCAGUUUGCGGUGCUGGACCACAUGCAGGGUGGGAAGUAUCAUGGAAAGAGUCAACGGAGGUAUCGGACACUGAUGCAAUGGAAUAUGGAGGGAAAGAAUAUCCGUAUGGGAAUGAAAGGCGCAAUGUCGGAAGGCGUUCAUGGGGAUAUGCCCGGCUAUAUAAGUGCGUUUUGGUGUUCAAAUAGGCGUAUAGGGAUGAAAGUCAUGGAUUAGGCUUAUAGGUUGCGUAGUAUGAGAAUAAAGAAUAACGAUUGUCUAC